UUCUUGGUGCACUUUUUGUUUUACCGGGGGAGUGCCAGCAAAGGACGGAACAGCCGGCCAUCAUUGUUCUCACGAUGUCAAUUACAACUGUAUUUUCCCACGAGUGUCCGUUUCAAAGUUUAGUACCAGCAUCGCGAUAACUGGUAGUAGAGUUGUUGUACUGUACCCAUGAGGAACAUCUCUACCUAUGUGUUUCAAAAGGAGUACCUAUACCCGACACAGAGAGCUGACUGGAUCAUUUAUUAGUGUCAAAAGAGGAGUUUAGAGUAAAUUUUACAACCACAGACUAAUUUUCAUUACACUGGUGAAGCAGCUAGUGGCAGAUUUUUUCACCAUGAAUGAGAAUGGUGGAUACUUGUCACAGAGUGUGUACGGCCUGAACCUCGAGGAGCAAGUUCUCACACAGAAUGGAGUCCAGUACGCCGUUCGGGGCGCCCAGGCCUUCAGCACAUCACAGCAGAAUGCCGGUUACAUGGUCACACCCCAGCACCCUCUGGUGUCUUGUGUGAACACUAAUCAACGCCGCUUUAAUGGCCACAUGGCGCAAAGAAACAUAGACAAUCCAGUAGAUUUAUCCAAUGGGAAAGUGACGCCCCUCAAUGGUUAUAUUAAAGAGGAGCAGUUGUAUGGGGAUCAGCGCCUUGGAGGGCACGCUGCCUACCACAACACUCACAAUGGCGUUACGUCGUCGGUGACGGUCGGAAUCCCCGAUCAGUCACAUGGUAUGCUAGAUGGAAGCCAUCAUCUGAUGACAGGCUCCCUGACGCCGCCAGACAAGAUCAAUGGUGACCUGAUGCCCCUCCACAACCCCAGCCCCAUGGGGCUUGGGCCCCUCACCCACCCCAUGCAGGCCCCACCCAGCCCACUACCCACCCCCUCACCCCCCAUGAUGCGUCACCAUGGCGACAUGGAUCCCAGACACACAGGAGCUUACAAUAACCCCUCACCUCCAAGUGCUCUUCAAGACAUGAAAUUAACAAAAGAGAACAUGAGGAAGUACUUACGAGAUCGUGGAGAUCAGAUCCUUGUGAUAUUACAUGCCAAAGUGGCGCAGAAAUCGUACGGAAAUGAGAAAAGGUUUUUCUGCCCGCCACCAUGUAUAUAUUUGUUUGGCAACGGGUGGAAGAGGAAGAAGCAGCAGAUGGAGGAAGACGGGGCGUCGGAGCAGGACACACAAGUGUGUGCCUUUAUGGGCAUCGGCAAUUCCGACCAGGAGAUGGUGCAACUCAACCUCGAGGGCAAGAAUUACUGUGCAGCUAAAACCUUGUAUAUAUCGGACUCUGAUAAGAGAAAACACUUUAUGUUGUCUGUGAAAAUGUUUCAUGGAAAUGGGCAAGACAUUGGGCUGUUCCACAGUAAACGGAUUAAGGUCAUCUCAAAACCCUCGAAGAAAAAGCAGUCACUUAAAAAUGCAGAUUUAUGUAUAGCUUCAGGGACCAAAGUUGCAUUAUUCAACCGACUGAGGUCCCAGACUGUGAGCACUCGCUACCUCCAUGUGGAAAAUGGCAACUUCCAUGCAAGUUCUACGCAGUGGGGAGCCUUCACAAUACACUUAUUGGAUGACAAUGAGGAUGAGUCUGAAGAGUUCACCGUCAGGGACGGCUACAUCCAUUACGGCUCCACCGUCAAACUGGUCUGCUCCGUCACUGGCAUGGCGCUGCCCCGCUUGAUAAUCCGUAAGGUUGACAAGCAGACGGCGCUGCUAGAUGCGGACGACCCUGUGUCACAGCUGCACAAAUGUUCAUUCUACCUGAAGGACACGGAGAGGAUGUACCUGUGUCUGUCUCAGGAAAGAAUCAUACAGUUUCAGGCAACUCCAUGUCCUAAAGAGCCAAACAAGGAAAUGAUUAAUGAUGGUGCAUCUUGGACAAUCAUCAGCACGGACAAGGCUGAAUACACCUUCUUCGAGGGCAUGGGUCCAGUGAAGAACCCGCUAACUCCUGUCCCGGUCGUACACAGCCUACACUUGAAUGGAGGCGGUGAUGUUGCAAUGUUGGAACUGAACGGAGAGAACUUUACCCCUGCUCUCAAAGUGUGGUUCGGCGAUGUGGAGGCAGAGACCAUGUUCAGGAGUGACGAGAGCAUGCUGUGUGUAGUCCCCGACAUCUCUGCCUUUCGCGCCGGCUGGAAGUGGGUCAGACAGCAGUUACAUGUGCCUGUAUGCCUCGUGCGUAACGACGGUGUGAUCUACGCGACGGGACUCACCUUCACGUACACCCCAGAGCCCGGUCCCCGACAACACAGUCGAGAAGUGGAUCGACUGUUUGGCAGGAACACCACGGCCAGUCCGGACUCUACAUCAAAUUACAAUAACCAGUUGUGACAAGACUGAUGGAGCUAUUCUCACAGUGAUUGGACAGACAGAACUGAUAUGCCAUCACAAUGUUGUGACACUAACAAUCAUCGAUUGUUCUCACCUCCAAUUUGGAUAUAUGUCCACCUAUGACAUCUUCAUCUGUUGCCAGUUCUUAUGUUCCUCCUCUGUAAAGAGUUACAUUUGAGUUGUAGGUUAUUUUUUAUAGACAGAUCGAUACUUUUUUAUAUGGAUUUUGAAAAGAACAUUGUAACUAUGAUUAGUUUCCCUUUAGAAAUUUGAUUUCAAAAUUCAAAUUUUUAAAAGUAUUUAAUAUUUAUGAAUAUAGGAAUAGCCUUUUUAUAAUGGUAUUUUAUGAAUAAAUUGUAAAUAAAAACACUGACAUGUAAAUAAUGGAAAUAGGGGAGACGACUCUUGGAGUGGUGAAUGGGAGUGUGGUCUUGGUAGACGGCGCUACGAUCUCCUGUGCCUUUGUUGGUAGCACAGUGCCUUUAUGGAGAAAACUCAAGACUUUGUGGCGUAUAUAUAAGUGCUAAACUCAUCCUCCUGGCCUCGUCACCGAUUUCUUUUAGAGGCCUUUUGGCUGGGAUUCUGUAUCGGACACUGAAAGCCAGUUGAACCGACAAGCAAUCAUGUCUACGACCCGGACUCGUUGCCCCUGUCAGUUUGGUUGUGGUUGCAGACAAUGCCAGACUGUUUUAUCCAAGCUCCAUACAUCACCACAUCCGUGCUGUAUAUAUGAAGAACUGUGAUUGGGUGCCUUGGACAAGGGGUGUGACUUGGCAGCCAAGAAUCAGCCAAUCGUUGCAGGUUUCCCAUGCGUCACGAACCCUCUGUACUAACCUGGCUGAUAGCGCCUCUAGAGACAGCGCGGCUGUAUACAUGGCUAAUUUCCUGAAGGGCAACAUGUAAAUUGUAUAAAGACUUGUGCCAUUACUAUGUACAAAAGUAAAAUGGAAGAAUUUCUAUUUUUACCAUAUAUAUGUAGGUCUAUGAAAUAGGCAACCAAAGUUGCCGUACCAUGUAUGUAUUUAAAGACAUCGGUAGGUGUGUCAUAACAGUAUGAAUGGAGAUUCGCCCUGAUUCAAACAACCAUAAGAUUAUUAUGUGAAGCAUCUCAUUUUUAACUGUGUUUUACUAUCGUAGUCGUUUAUUUAAAAAUAAAUACAUUUCAUCAGGAAUCAUUUGGAUUGUGACAUUAAUAUUGUUAGCUUAUAAGUAUGUGUAACUGUUUGGUUCAGUGGUGACACGACUCUGGCUAUUUACUGUGUAGUUGUGGCCCUUAGGUGUGCCAGGAUCCUGUGAUCAUGGGUUUAAACCCCUGUUCACCAUGGUUAUGCAUGUAGGUUUGUCAGCACCAGACACAUGCUCGUGGGCUUCAUUAGAGUGGUGGGGCAAUGGCGUAGCCUGGUGGUGAAGGCGUUCGCUUGUCCCACCGAAGACCCUGGUUCGAUUCCCCACAUGAGUACAAUGUGUGAAGCCCAUUUCUGGUAUCCCCUGCUGUGAUAUCGCUGGAAUAUUGCCAACAACAGAGUAAAACCAAUCUCUCUCACCCACUCACGCAUAACAGUGAAGUAGUAAGUCCUUUUGUAAGAAAUACAGAUCUUGCAGACUGAACCAAACAUUUACUGUACUCCUGACAAUGUCUCUAGGAUUCACUUGUGUACAAGAUUUUAUGUCGAUAUUAUUAGGCAUCAUUCCUGUAGGUGCCAGGUCUCUGCUGAAAACCGUUUGGUUUCUUGAUGUAAGGGAGAUCACUCUUGUUACUCUAUGUAGUGGACUUAACUAAAUCUUGAAUAAUUUCACCAAAGCUUGAAUAAUUUGCAGAUAAAAAUGAAAAUUUAUCUGAAGUUUAUUUCUGUAUGUUGAUAUUUCAUUGUUAGUGCCAAAGGGAUGAAUUUUUUCAAAUUUAAAAUGUUUUUAAGAUUGUAGUUAUUUGCAUUUUAAAAAAAGGGAAACAUCUUUAACCUGUUCUUGUGAUCAUCGCUUAUCAUGUAUGUUAUAUGACCAUUUGUCACCAAAAGAAAUCAUGGUUAUUAGUAUUGAUAAUUUCAAUAUCAGUAUUUGGUACCACAAAGGUUUCAGUUUUAUAUUAUCAAGUUAUGUCGUCAUCAUCAUCCUGGUAUUUUUAUAUGUAUGGUUAUUAUUUACGACAACCUCCAUUUUAACAGUGUUGUUAUGUAGCACAUUGAAUUGAAGCCACAUUUAUCUUACAGACAGAUAGUCGUUGUCCUUGUACUUCUGUCAUGAUUCUUAACUUGCAGACAUAUUCUUGAGCACAUGGAAACUGUUAUAUAUUUAUUUGGUUAAGUAUUUUAUAUUCAAAUAUACUUGGUUACUCUUAUUUAUGGGCAGGGGGGUAGCCGCGUGGUUAAAGUGUUCGCUCUUUAGGCUAAAGUCCCGGGUUCGAUUCCCCACAUGGGUAAUAUGUGUAAAGCCCAUAGCUGGAGUCUCCUGCCUUGAUAUUGCUGGAAUAUUGCUAAAAGUGGUGUCAAACCCAACUCACUCACUCACUCACUCACUUGUAUAAUUAUUUAUGUGUAGUAGUGGAGAUAACAAAUUGUUAAGGGCAUGUCUGUGUGUAUCACACUAAGAUUUAUUAUUACUCUGAGGUAAUGAUAUAUGGUAUUGAGAGUCCUGUCAGCAACCAAACAUUUAAAAUUCAGGGCGCUGGAGUAUUUGUUGGGCACAUAUUUCUUAUCCGGAAAGAAGCCAAAUAAUUUCAUUUUUUCAGGGCAUUCAGCAUGUCCAAUGAACCAUAAUUGUUUGUAAGAUCUGAGGCAAAGUUGUAAUUUCUAGUAUUUCUGGAUGUAAUUAUUUUGAAGAAGAUGACAUAGGCACCUUCCAGAGUAUCAAUUCAGUCCCAUUAUUGCUGUUGAAAUAUAUUUAACCAAUGUAGCUUCACCAGCAUCUGAGGGGCGGUCGGGUAGCCUAGUGUUAAAAGUGUUCGUUCAUCACGCCGAAGACCCAGGUUCGAUUCCCAACAUGGGUACAAUGUGUAAAGCCCAUUUCUUGUGUUUCCCGCCGUGAUAUUGCUGGAAUAUUGCUAAAAGCAGCGUAAAACCAUACUCACUCACUCACUCACUCACUCACUCACUCACCAGCAUCUGAACAAGACCACAUUGUUGUAUCUUAGCUUGUGGUAGAUAAGGAAGAUAUUUGUUGAGGAACAUAGGAUUAUGUUUAUUGUUGCAGAAAUUACCGUAGCAACAGUGUGUCUUGGUGUCCAUUAAGUAGAUAUGUGCUAGGUGGGAUUAAUUAAGAAGUUGAAGUGCACAGGCAGUGAUGUUCAGUGCCCAGUUCCAGGAAGUAGCGGUCGCAUAGCCUAGUGGUUAAAGCGUUCGCUCGUCACCCGGAAGACCCGGGUUUGAUUCCCGACAUGGGUACAAUGUGUGAAGCCCAUUUCUGGUGUCCCCCGCGGUGAUAUUGCUAGAAUAUUGAUAAAAGUGGCGUAAAACCGUACUCACUCACUCACUUGUUCCAGGAGCCAUUAGGUUUCCCCAGAUUAUGAUCGUGGUCUGUCAGCCAGCGCCAUGCCAGUGCUCGUGGCUUUCACCAAAGUGAUGAAUGUCAGGGACGCUUAUUACAGUAUCUGCCACUUGAAGCUGACACCCUGUGAUAUAACUGGAAUACUGUGCCAAGCAGGGUCAGACCCAGUACACCAUUAGAUGUUGUCCUUUGACGAGAUUAGACCUACUAACCAUUAAAAAUGAAAGGGUCACGAGUGGUCCAGUCAUCUCAGGCCCUGCAAUUUGCAGUGCAGAGUUGCAUCCCUUUGAUAAACCAGAAACCUAUGAUCAUGUGUUCGAAUCUUGGUUGGCCCUGAUUAUGUUUCUAGGAUUGUCGGCACCAUAGCUGUGCUCUUAGGUUUAACCCAUGUGGUAAAGUCUAAGACCUGCAUCACUCCGGGCUGAAAUACUUUUCAAAGCAGUGUUAAGCCAAGUGAUAAAGGGCCGAAUAUUUUCCCUGACAUGAUGUCACUGUCUGCUCUGAGGACCAUCAUAUGGUAACAACAAAAACCAGUGCUCAUAUUAUGGUCACAUAGACAUACCAUGUGCUUAUACGUAGGGCAGCUUGGUCACGAAAAUGUCUCGCCCUAAGAUUUUGCUCUAAGAUUGGAAUAAACGCGUAAAAAGAAUCUUUGCUAAGUCUAUUUGUUGACCAUGAUAAUUAAUACCUAGUGCUACACUUUAAAUACUUAUAUUGUUAUGAUUAAGUGUCAGUAAGAGGUCUUAAGUGGACCUUGAUAUAUUGGUUUGUUUAUUAGAGUGAGUUGUAGACAACAUAGGCAGACUUUCUUGUCAUGAUUCAAUUUAGGAUAGUUGAGGAUUAAUAACAUUGGAGAUUUUUUUGUAUUACUUGCUUUAACUUAAGCAGUUUUUGUUAUGUCUAUAUCUAUAUAUUUAUAGGAUACAUGGCAAAGUUCAUUCCAGUGCCCUGUUUCACGAAGGGAUCGUAGCGCUACGCUUGUCGUAACUCGGUCUUACUACGACAGUUGUAGAGUUACGAUGCCAUUGUGAAAUGGGACCCAGGGCGUAAGGUUCCACUUUAGUGACACUGUGUUUUAAUUGACAUACGCUGUUACGUUAUCGUCAGUAUUUCACAGGAUUUGUAUACACUACGUUCGUCCAUCACCCGUUAAUACAUACGUCGUCAUAGUGACGUAUGUCAUAAUAGUGACGUAACAUACGUCAUAAUAGUGACGUAAAUUUUCAGUCACUAAUGAUAUGAGGUCGUUUAUCACCCAAGGAAGUCGAUUGGUUCGACUUUGUGCAUGAACUUUACGUGAACUUUAUCAUUGCUUGAUAUUCAAGUAAGUGUAGAGCUGAUGAUUGUAAAGCUAUGUCACUGUUCGAUGUAAACUGAGCGCUCAUUGGUCUGAGCCAUCGGUGGUUUUCCCAAAGUUUGAACUAGACCGUGUCUCGUUGGUUGAAAAUAGCUACUACACAACAUGGAGGUCGCAUGUAUUCACGGGUAACAGAGGAACAUAGUGUACAGAAACCUUUGAAGUAUUGACGAUAUUUAACUGAUUAUUAUUUUUUAUUGUGUUUAUGCAUUGUUUAUGUGUACAGGGAACGUAACUUUAACCUCGUCGUUGUUUGAAUCAGGGGGUUCCGUGAAACUUUCUAAUGCCUCCCAAGUGUACAUACUUACAAAAUAUGUCACACGUGUAGACAGUUUCAGACCUAGCUUUUGUAAUUGCCUUCUGUAUAAGAUUUAUUAAAAUGUGAUCAACAUUU